CGACCAGCCCCCCCUCCAAGCCGCCGGCACCAGCCUUGGGAAAUCGGUGAGCUUGAUGAAAUUUCUCUUCUUUUCUUGUUAAAUCACAAGAUUUGGGGCUUAGAAUCUUCCCUCUCAACCCAGAAAAUCCCAGUUCUACUCUGCUCUGCUCUUUCUCCCGUCCGUCGGUUCUGCUGGGUGUGAAUCCUUCGACUUUUCGGGUAAGCCACAGCCAUGAAAUUCAUCCUCUCUCUCUCUUAAAUUGGCUUGGGUUACUCUAAUUUUCUUGUUGGUUCUUGAAUUUUUGGAGUUUUGCCAUGAGUUUCCCCCCAGGAUUUCCGUCGGCUUCCUCACCAGCCAAGCUCGGUUUCUGCUGGCUGGAAUUCUGGUUUUGAUCGCUCUAUCGGUUUAGCACUGAAAUCGAGUCUUCGGUUUUGUGCGAGGAAGCGAAACUAAGGACGGGGAAACCAAGGGGAGUGACGAGUUAGAAGGCUAGCCAUCUUGUAAAUUGAACAUGGAGUUUAGAUAUAAAGGAUGAUCUUGUAAACUAGAGUUUAAUCGGAGAUUUUAUACAUUCAUUUAAUGGAUUGUUAGUUUACCAAAGAUUUGACCUUAAGGUUUUGAGUUUAAGUCAUGUUGGACAUAGAAUAAAUUUUGAAAUAUCCGAUCUAAGUUAUUGGAUUGUCAGACAUGAAUUAGAUAAGUUCCGAGCCUUGUGCAUUCAUGGGACCCGUUCACGAGUGCACGACGUCUGUCGCGCCUCGAAUUCGGGUUUUGGGGCGUGACAAUUCUUGUCUUGACCCUUGCUCUUACUCAAAUUCUGUAUAUUGCUCUUGCUCAAAUCCUGCAUAUUAUGCUAGUUCUUGUUUUAGUAUACCUGUUGAUCUUCUUGAUUUUUGAUUUUGUUCAUAUGGACACCUUCUUAGGAGGGGUGAUUAUUAGAAAAUGCCUAUAUGAGGCAUCAUAAUCCUUGUCUCUUGCAAGUGUUAAUCUCUGUAUUCUUGAUGUCUUAGCUUUGACUUGACUUUAGGAUGUCUAGGAUGACUUGAUUAUAAAUCUGCUUAGCCUCCAUGGGCUAUGAGGUGAAGGGGUAGUCUUUAAAGUACUUGAUGCCCUAGAGUUUUGUUCCAAGAGAAAUGGUUCUUUUAUCUGGUUGCUUUGAUUUUUGUUUGCCCUUUUAAGUAGAAGAUAGUAAUCUUCUAAGUAUCAUGAUCCCCACUAUUGAUUAUUCUGUUAAUUAAUUCAUGUUGCUUGGGGUGCUAGAUCUUGACAUCCUAGUUAUAUCUGCUUUUGAAUUCGUGUUUUGGUUAUCAUUACUGAAAUCUCUUUUGUGAGUCUAAUCCUUGAAUUUUAUUGCUUGUUUCAUGGUUAACCUUGUUUUGUGGCAAAAUCUAUAAGGCAUCCAUGCACUCGUUCAUUUAUUCAUGAUCCAUAUAUCCAUUGGAUGCUUAUUCGUCUUUGAUAGAGUUCAAAGUUUGGUUGUACUCGUCUUUAAAUCCAUGUCAUUCUUUACCAACUCGUCUUGUGUUGGGUUCAUAGCGUAACCCCACAACUUUUCUUUUGUAGCCUUGGUAGGAUUUAUUUUUAUUCUUUGUGCUUCCCAUGUCACCCCAGCCUCCAGUAGCUUGUUUUAUGGUAAAUCCUAUUGAGUAGUUAAUGUUCUACUUUUAUGAUUAGUUGUGGUUUGAUAUCAGAGUGGCAUAAUGGAAGCAUAGUAGGCCAUGUUUUGUUCAUAAAGAGUUGUUAAGGCA